AUGGUCUGACAAGUGGAUCCAAGAUGGCGUAGAAAGUAAAGCUAGAAGUUUUGUCCCUAAGUCAUGGCGGACAGGAGAGCGGAGAAGUCAUGUGAAGAAGCCAGCAGAUCGUUAACCAGGCGGGAGUACGAGGCAGCAGUCAGCCACAGCACGGAUGCCCUGGUGGUCCUUGCACCCCAAGCCCAAUCAUCCUGUGCCCCUGUCCCGCCGAGCCCUCCAUCCGCCACCGCCGGACCCCUCCGCAGCCGCGUCCUGCUCUACAGAAUUGCUGCCUUCCUGCAGCUGAAAAACUAUGAUGAAGCAGAUGAAGACUGCAAACAUGUCCUGGCAGAGGAGAUGGCCAGGGGAGACGGGUCGCUACAGUCCAGCCUGCGCUCCAUGCUGUUGGAUGGCAGCCUGCAGGAGGUGAUCAGCAUCCUCUCGAAAGCCCUAUAUGGAGAGCAGAUGAAUGGCAUCGUUACAAAAGACAUGAGCAGAUUAAAAAUGCUUUUCUCAGAAAUAGAGGCUAUAAAUAGGGAGAUGGUACCAGAAUACACAGACGACCAGGAGGAAGAGGUCCAAGAUGGCUGGCAGUUCAGGCCCCCUCCCAGAGGAGUCACCAGCAGUGAGGAGUACACUCUAUGUAAAAGGUAUUUGGAGCAGGGCCUGUGUCGGUAUGGGGCUCAGUGUACGUCAGCCCACUCGCAAGAGGAGCUGAUGGAGUGGCAGAAGCGCUACGCGUCACGCCUCAUUCGCCUCAAGCAGCAGCAGGAGAGCAAACACUUCACAGAGAACUACAUGGAGACACUGAUAGAGAAAUGGAUGAACUCCCUCUCCCCAGAGAAAGUGCUAAGUGACUAUUUAGAAGGUGUGAAUGUAGAAACCAGCUCUAGCCUCUCUGUGACUGUCACCACCAAAAAGUCCUCCCAUGCCUGGACCUUCUCCUUGUUGUGCAAGCCUGCCAGAAAGCUGUACAGAAUCGCCCUGCUCUACGAUGCCCAUCGACCACACUUCUUCAUCACCGGUGUGUCAGCAGGGGAGCGGCUACAAGCUCUCCCCAAAGGCUGCCAAGAGUGGACUCCAGAAGAGGAGACAGCAGUGGCGGCAGACAAUGGCCUAGACCACUGUGUCUAUAAGGUGGCAGUGGGCUUCAGCACAGAGAUCUUUGGUACCUUCAGACAGACUGUUGUUUUUGACUUUGGCUCCGAACCUGUGCUGAUGCAGCGGGUCAUGGUGGAUGCUGCCUCUAUUGAAGACUUAGAACACCUGAUGGCAGCCAGGCAGCAGCUCUUGAUCACGGCUAAGCGCUGGGACUCUUCCUGCAAGACCAUCGUAGAAUUUGUCCCCAAUGAAGCGAUGGCUGAACUGGAGCGAAGCCUCCUCUCCCGCUAUCAGAUCCCUUUGUCGGCAGACCAGCUCUUCACCCAGUCGGUCCUAGACAAGUCACUUACCAAAGACAACUACCAGGCCCGACUGCAUGACCUGCUCUACAUAGAAGAGAUUGCACAGUACAAGGAAGUCAGCAAGUUUAACAUCAAAGUGAACCUGCAGCUUGUCACCAGCUUUAUGCUUACUGGCAUCUCUGUUGGAGCAAAGUAUGCUCAGAACGGACAGCUCUUUGCACGCUUCAAACUCACUGAAACACUUUCUGAGGACACACUGGCUGGGCGGCUGGUGAUGACCAAGGUAAACUCAGUUUUGCUGCUGCCAUUGGGCCGUGAGGGUGUUAACUGUCAGCCACCACCUGGUGUCAAAGAGAGGGUUUACGAGGCUGUGAUCGAGGAGAAGACCAAGGAUUACAUCUUCCUAAGGAUCUGCAAAGAGUGCUGUGAGGAGCUGGGGCUGAUACCUGACAGAGAAAUACAGGUGGAGCUCCAGUUCCAGCUGAACAGACUGCCGCUCUGUGAGAUGCAUUACGCCCUGGACCGCAUCAAAGAUAACACCAUCCUUUUCCCUGAUGUCAGCCUUGUCCCCACAAUCCCAUGGAGCCCCAACAGGCAAUGGGACGAGCAGCUGGAUCCCCGUCUGAAUGCCAAGCAGAAAGAGGCCAUUCUGGCCAUCACCACACCCAUCUCUAUCCCCCUGCCACCCAUCCUCAUCAUCGGACCUUAUGGCACCGGGAAGACCUUCACCCUGGCGCAGGCCGUCAAGCACAUCCUCCGCCAGGAUCACAGCAGGGUCCUCAUCUGCACCCACUCCAACAGUGCAGCUGACCUUUACAUUAAGGACUACCUUCAUCCUUACGUAGAAGCAGGCAAUCCGCAUGCCAGACCUCUCAGGGUAUACUUCAGGAACCGCUGGGUUAAGACGGUUCACCCAGUGGUCCAGCAGUACUGUCUCAUCUCCAGCACACAGAUCACUUUCCAGAUGCCCACAAAGGAGGACAUCCUCAGGCACCGGGUAGUGGUGGUCACCCUCAGCACCUCGCAAUACCUCUGCCAGCUGGACUUGGACCCUGGGUUUUUCACUCAUAUCCUAUUGGAUGAAGCUGCCCAGGCCAUGGAGUGUGAAACAAUCAUGCCUUUUGCUCUGGCUAGCAAAACCACACGCAUCGUGCUUGCUGGAGACCACAUGCAGCUUAGUCCAUUUGUGUACAGCGAGUUUGCGCGGGAGCGUAACCUGCAUGUGUCACUGCUGGACCGGCUGUAUGAGCACUACCCCCCUGAGUACCCAUGUCGCAUCCUCCUGUGUGAGAACUACCGCUCCCAUGAAGCUAUCAUCAACUACACAUCAGAAUUAUUUUACGAUGGAAAGCUCAUGGCAAGUGGGAAGCAGCCCUCCCAUAAGGACUUCUACCCUCUGACCUUCUUCACAGCAAGAGGAGAAGAUGUCCAAGAGAAGAACAGCACUGCCUACUACAACAAUGCCGAGGUGUUUGAGAUUGUGGAGCGGGUGGAGGAGUUGCGGAAGAAGUGGCCUGUGGCCUGGGGCAAGCUGGAUGAGGGCAGCAUUGGAGUGGUGUCACCGUACGCUGACCAGGUUUUCCGGAUUCGUGCUGAACUCCGAAAGAAGAGGAUGCAUGAGGUCAGCGUGGAAAGAGUGCUUAAUGUUCAAGGUAAGCAGUUCCGGGUGCUUUUCCUGAGCACAGUCAGGACAAGGCAUACCUGCAAGCACAAACAGACGGCCAUCAAACGCAAAGAGCAGCUGGUUGAGGACUCAACAGAAGACCUCGACUAUGGAUUCCUCUCCAACUACAAGCUACUCAACACGGCCAUCACCAGAGCCCAGUCCCUGGUUGCAGUUGUGGGAGACCCCAUUGCGCUGUGCUCUGUUGGGCGCUGCAGAAAAUUCUGGGAGCACUUUGUCUCCAUUUGCCAUGAGAACUCAAGCCUCCACGGCAUCACCUUUGAGCAGAUAAAAGCUCAGCUGGAGGCUCUCGAGCUCAAGAAGACCUAUGUCCUGAACCCGCUGGCCCCCGAGUUCAUCCCCCGCGCUCUCAGGCCUCUGCAGGGGCAUCACUCUUCUUCGCAGGCCCUUCAUCCUCACCAUCAUCCUCAUCCUCAGCAUGCACAGCCCACCUCCAACAAGCAGGUUCCCCAGCAGCCACAGCAACAGCAGCAGUCACCCCCUAAAGGAAAACAUGCAAACCACAAUGAGCACUUUCCACCUGAAGGAUAUGUCCAACCCAACCCAGCCAUGCUGAUGGGGAACCCGAUCAGGGCAUUCACACCACCUUUGGGUGGCACACAAGCUGGCAUGGGCAAGUCACCCAGCCCUGUUCAGAGGAUAGAUCCUCAUACAGGCGCCAGUAUCCUCUACGUCCCAGCUGUGUAUGGUGGAAACAUGGUCAUGUCCAUGCCCCUGCCUUUGCCCUGGCCCGGUUACCAGAAUCGCUUUGCCGUGGACCCUCGCAUCAUGAGCCAUCCUGCAGCCAUGGCGUACAACUUUAAUCUGUUGCAGGCCCAAAAUCGAGGCUCCCCCAUUCCUUACAGUGGGAUGGCCCACCCCUCUCCUCUAGGAAUGGGCCAGCCCAGCCCAGACAAGGAGCUACAGGCAGACCCCAUCAGAAACGGUAAAUUAGAAGGCUGUCCAAAGCCAGAACAGAGCCGUCUUCAGACACCAGAGAGAAAAACUGCAGACAUGAAGGAAAAACAGGGAGAUUUAGACACUGGCCAGAAUCGAAGUUUAGACUCAGAAGGGCUUGUAGGAUUUCCCAAUGCACUUCUUCAUCGAAAAGACCCCUCAGCUGCCCAGAGACCCCUCAACUACCACCUGGCACCCCCAAACACAGGUUUUCCUCCACAUCCUGCCAGUGGAAGAGCCUUCCCCCCACAGUAUCCUCUAUCCAGGCUUCCUUACCGAGUCAGCCAGCCUCAGCACCCUGGUAUGGCCCAACAGAGCCAGCAGCAGCAGCAGCUGAGCCCUGCCUACACUGGUGGCAGCCACAAUGCUUCCUUCUUCAGUGGGCCUGUACCUCCUCACAGAGCCGUUCAGUCACCCACCUUGGAUGGGCCAGAGCCUGGAGGGGUGGAGGAAAUGAGUGGCUCCAUUAGGACUCCAAUGGGCCAACCAGGGGGCCACCACCCAGGCAUGUCACAGCAUAACAGGGUCAACAGCUUCGGAGAGGACGGGCAGGAUGGAAACCUGGGAGAUAGCCUGGACCUGCAGGGGCCCCUGGCUCUCGAGGCCUUGAGCCAGCAGCAACAGCAGGCAGCCAGGUUGGGCCAGUGGGGGGAGGCAGCAACUCCAUUUCUCCCUAGCAGCGUCGCCUUUCCUCUGCCUCAACAGCUCGCUCACCUCACUCAGCCAAACAUGGCUCGCUUUCCCCAUCAGCUGCUCCGGGCAGCUAGUUGGAGUCUAAGUGCCAAUAUGGAGGAUGAAGGUGUCAAUUCUGCCUCCACCGGGCCGCCCUACAACAGGUACCCGGGCCUUCUGAGAGAGAUGCCCCCACAGGAGCAGCCUGAACCCAGAGAAGCAGCAGAGAUGCAGCCCCCACCACAAUCUCGUCUCCUCCAGUAUCGCCAGUCCCAAUCCCGUGCCUCAGGUGACCCUUCAUCCUCUUUAGCUGCCAGCUCAAAUCAUGCCGGCCCCUUCCCAUCAGGACCCUACCCCCAUGACAGCAACCGCGACCUCCUUAAUGACAACCUUCUCAGCAACCCUGCCCUGCAACACCCAGGAAACCCCUUGUAUAAUACUGGUAACUACCCACAUCAACCACCAGCCCACUCUGCCAGCCCCCCUCCCUCACAGGUCAAAUACCUUCUUCAAGAGGCCCAGUGGUCCCAUGGUGGAGCUGCAUCAGUGAGCCCACCACAGCAGAACCACCUUCUAGGGAACCAGGGCCAUAGUCUUCCUUAUGGACUGCCCAUCAUGGCUCACCCAAGUAGGCAAGAGCAAGUCCACCUGAUGCAACUUCACCAUCAGCACCAGCAGCAACAACAACAACAACAGCAGCAGCAGCAACAACAACAGCAACAGCAGCAGCAGCAACAGCAUCACCAACACCAACAAAGUCAAGGUCAAGACCAGGAGUCCUAUCACCCUUUGUCCCCUAGAACAUCAGCAGCCGCAGCCCUACAUGAUAUAGAUGAGUAUGAACCCAGAGGUCCAGGUCGGCCCCUUUAUCAGCGUCGAAUCUCCUCCAGCUACCCAGACGACUCGUCUCCAACCAACACCCACAACGCCCUCUCCCAGCAGUCCCAGCCCUGUUCAUCAGACCCCCAAGACCAUCCACAUCCACACAUACAGCAUCAUCAGCACCCACAUGCCCCCUAUGGUUACUCCUCACAUGACCUCUGGCCCAGUAAUGGCGGUGGUCCCGGUCCGUUCCAGAAUAUUCCAUGUAACGGAGCUGGCACCCUCACUCAACAUCGAGACAUUAUGGCAUCCAAAGCUCUUCGUCAGUCAGAGGAGCAGGUGAAGGCCGGAGCCACAGCAGCACAGCAGAGCCACCCACACUCCCUCAACUCCCUUCAGCACCUCGGACAGUUUCCUCCUCUUAUGCCCAAUAACAAGCAGCAGCAGCAGCCACCGCCGCAGGCUCCCACAGAGGCUGGACAAGGGCCUCCAAAUUUGAGCAAACCCCCAACCAUGUCCUACGCCAGUGCCCUACGCGCUCCACCCAAGCCCCGAGCUGUUCGGCCUGACCAGGCCAAGAAGAAUAGCGACCCACUCUCCCUCCUGCAAGAGCUGAGUAUAGGAAGUUCAAAUGGUAGCAAUGGGUACUAUUCCUACUUUAAAUGAGUCCCUGAAUAAUUAAGUGAUAAAAUAUAAAAGGAAAAAAAAAAGGAAAAACUGUCUCUAAAAACACAAAAAAUAGUGCAAAGUGCAUUUACACAUUGUUUCUAUCAGUAGGUUUGAUUUCUGCAUUUUGUUUCUUUUUAACUUUUAUUUGUAACAGUCAUCUUUUGUCCUGUUUCACAUAUCUGUGAAGAAAAUAAGUAUAUAUAAUGAAUGCAUUACUGGUAUAUAUACAUACUCAUUAUGUAUAUAUGAAUAUAUACUUAUAUUAUCGACACUUGUAUAUGUAAGUAAUGCUAAAAAAAGUUUUAAAAAUAAAUAAAAAAAAAGGCAAUAGUUAGUUGACCACUUAGCUACCUGCAUAUUUUUCCUUCUAGAAGUUGCUUUUGUUGGUUACUAAAUAAGUAUGUUGAAGUUUUUAUCAUUUUGUAUUCUUCAGUUUUGAGUGGACGUUAUGUCUUGAUUUUCAUACUACUGUAGUCGUGCUAUUAGACAAAAGCUAAGUGGUCAACUGACACCGAAACUAAAUGGAACAGUGUAUAGAAGUAGAUAAAAAUUUUCCUCUAAUCUGUACAUAUAAAGAAAAUAAAAGACUGAAUUGUAUGCCACAGACAUGUCCUUAAAUUCCUGUAUCAUGCUAGCAUUUGAAUUAUGAAUUAUCUGUUUUUAUUUGCUUCUUAACCUUAAUCCUUAGACAUUCUUACCUGGGAUUCAUCUUUGGUGAUUGAGUAGUAAAUGUGAUUAUUUACUAAAAAUGACAUUACAAAUAUUGAUUGCGUAUUUUCAUUUCAGUUAUUUUGCAUCAGCAAUAAUAGAUACAGUGUUAAAAUGUUAGAACAGCUACAACCAUGUCAUUCCCGGCUAGUGUAAAGGAUCAACACACAUCACACAUGGCUCUCUGUGAUUCUCCCUAACUGCUUCCCUUGUGGCUCCUGCCUGGUCAUUUUAUUUAAUUUUAUUUCUUUUGUUUGUAUCAGCGACCAUACUCCAACAGGGGUUGUUUCAGUAACUGCUGGAGGUAUGUGUUUUGUUUUUGUUUUUUGUUUUUUUUUUUGUUUUGUUUUUGUUUUUGUUUUUUUUUUUUUACUAAUGAUCAUGAGCUUUUGUUAAGGUUCUGGUCAGGUCUGAGGGUUUUGUGAAAGUGAAAAAGGUGUGGUGAGGUCAGAGUGGUUUUGUCACAAGUAUGUUGAAUCUGAUGGUUUGAUCAACGCUGCCAGUCACACGUUUUUGAACAAGCUUAUUUGUUAGGUGAAGAUACAGUCUUAUGAUAUGCUUAUUUGUGACUUUUUCUCUAACUGGAAAUACUUUUUCAGUGUUUUCCAUGCAUUGAUGAAGUACGUCUUUCUUAGGCUGGCCACAAACCACAUGAUUUUAAGCCCUAUUUCCUCUUUCUGAUGAUACGGAGGCAUGCCCUGAGUCGAGGCUCAUUUCAAAGCAUUAUCUGUUCAAAUAACCCUCAAGAGUGGAAUUAGUUUAAAACCGUAAAUCUUAAAAAUCAAACACGUGUGUGAUUCUAGGUUGGACUGCCUCUGAUGAAAUACCCACAACAACCAAUGAGAGCAAGCAGACUCCUUACGUCUUAUCACCUCACAAAAACAAACAAAACUUUACCUUCAUGUUAGCCAGGAUUAUAUCCAUGAUCUUCUCCUCAUUUUUAAAAAGUUUUUGCUGAAACUGUGACCCAUGCCAGGGAAGUCAAUCAAUUUCAGUCAUCCUUUCUCUUCUGAGGUCACGUUUGCUCACGCAAUUUCUGAGAGAUCUCGUGGGUAGGGAAUCUUCACUGUGAGGUCAUUGGAGGAUCGGCAAGUAUGCAGUGUCCCAGUCUGGCUGUGUGCCUUGUUUCUCAAGUGGUGGGUCAGGACACAAAAGUGGGUUACAAAGCCAUUUACAGUAUGUGUUCCUGGAAAGAAAAUCUGUUUCAAAAGUCUGUUUUCUGCUUUUAUUCUGAAGGAAUUGUAUACAUCCCUUUACUCCCUUGCAUCUUUUGUUCCAUUUAAAGUCCAAACUGCCCAAAUGUUUUGAAUAAAAGAAUAUAGUUAUAAUGGAAAUAUUAAAGAAAUUUGGUAUUUGGUUUCUCAUAAGGACAGUGGUGUGUCCUGAUGCUAAACCAGUUGGGAACCACUAGUGUAGUGCAGUGGUUCCCAACUGGUCUGACAUCAGGACCCACCACCACCUAAGGGGAAUUUCCUUGUUAUCUUUGGAAAACCAGCUUUGUUGUACAAAAAAAUAGAGAUAAAUAGAAAUCUUGAGACAUUUACCAUCUGUCCUCAGUUUUUUCCUUUUACACAAUGACCCUUUUGUGUCCUGACCCACAAACCACUGGUCUAGCUCGUGCACUCAGAGGAUUAUAAGAGGAAAAAUCAUAUAAAACAGGCCUUAUAGCCAUGGUCUCCAUCAUUUUUAAAAUGGUUGAACAUUUGCAAAUCGUGUUGUGUGUGGCCAGCCUUACCUGUAUGGCCAAUUUCCUUGUCAGACAAUCUUUAAUCCCUGGGUAAUAUGAAACCUGUAAUAAGCUUUAUUUGCUAGUUUUUUUUUGUCAAUAGCUAAUACUUCUGGGUGUGUAACCGUAAACAUGCAUACUCGGCCAUACAUAUCUUCCAAUUUUAGGGCAACUUAUAAAAGCUGUUCAAAGACGUUUGACUGUUGAUGUGUCUGUUUUUAGAUCGUGCGUCAUAAGAAUGUUGGCAUGGUCACGUUUUGGAAGUUGUUCCUGGUCAUUUUAGAGAUUUAAAAUCACCCCAGUCGGAUCUUGUUUAUUAAUAUUGAGGGUAAGAAUCUUACUCCCUUAACUUAAUGGAUAAGGCUUUCAUCACACUUAACAUAUUUUCUAUCUUACUUUUUCCUCCGACAGUGUAUAAAACAUGAUAAAAAUUAAACACAGCUACAUGCUCUGUAUUGUCACUGCUGACUUAAUUUAGGCCUGUUGUUUUUUCGGUUCCUUGCAGCUAAAAUAUUGAGAAGCUCACACACUGUAUCUACCAGGGUUUUCAUUUACCAUUAUGAUAAAGCGGAACUGGAAAAGAUUCAUCCAGUGCUCCGUAUGUGUAGUUGAUGAAACAAAAGGAAUUGAUCUAAUAUAUCCACUUUGCCUUUUUAUGCCGCAGUUAGUCAAUGUUAAAUCUAAAAAACAAAAACAAAAAAAACUAUGAAAGCUAAUCAAUACCCCCAUGGAUAAUAACAUAGCUGUGUUUUGAAAAGUCAGCAUAGAGCCGUUGUUUAAUUUUUUUCUUUACAACGUUAGAUUUCAAAAGGUCCAGGUUUUUUGACUUAGCCGAGAACAACACAUACUUGUAAAUACGCAUUUUCUAGAUAUUUACAAACAAGAACUUUGGGAGCACCUCAAUUUUGUAGAAGCUGUUCAAAGAAGAGGUUUGCCGUUUUUAAUUAUGCAAAUUAAAAAAAAAAAUCUAGAAAUGGGCGUCAGCAAACCAUUUGGUAGUUGCAACAUCUUGUUGUAACUUUUAAUGCUUAUAUUCUCUUUCUUUUUAAUUUUUUUAAGAUGUCUGAUUUGACAAAGAGGAGAAUUUCUGUUGCAGCUGUUAUAAGACGACUUAUUUCACUGUACAAUACUUUUUUUUUAAUUCAGUAGUUGUUGCUGGAUUUGUCCUGUUUUGUUUUCUCACCAUUUCACAGCUGUACAACAGUCAACAUGGAGUUUGUUUGUUUUAUUAUAUUCUUUUUCUUUUUUUUUUCUUUUUUUUUUUUUUUAAAUGUGAGGACUGUUUUCUUUUCAUGCAUGUUGAGAUGACCUGGCUGGUUUUUAUCCCUGUUUUUAUCAGUUUGUAUUGAUUUGUGGAUAUAAAAAAAAGGAAAAAAAAAAACUUUUGUUCAGCCUACAGAGUCAAAUUCUUUGGUAUAUUAUUUGAUGUGUACAAUAACUUGUGACAUUAUCAACAAAACUAUAAUAAUAUUUUACUAACGUCAAUCAAAUAUGUAAUGUUCAUGUAAGUUUUUUUCUGCAGUUUAGCAGGGCUAAGGUGAGGUUGCUCCCUGGUGUGUGUCGGAAAUGCUAAACUUUGUUUGAUCGUUUGGGGAAAUCAUUUUUGCCACAAAUCUGUCGUUGGCUAAUCUCUGAAGUUGUGCAAUACUAAUAUUUCACCGCUUCUUCAGCUACACUUUUUAUUUAUUUUUGAAGUAGAGGAGAUUGAGCCAAAGACAUUUUUAAAGGGAUUCAUUUAAUAAUCUUCAUUUGUCUCCAAAAUCACUUUGACAGGAUCUCGACUUUGAAUUUAAGAGGCGUUAUUCUUGUAAUGAAGUCAGUUAUAAUUUAUUUAAUAUAAUGCACCAUGUAUCAUCUUUUGAAUCCUUCUAACAGCAGUGUACUGCUUUUGUUUGUGUGAGCGGCACAUGGAGAGGGAGCAACCUUUUGCCCAGCCAGUAGAGAGCACUGUGUUCAGCCUUCUAUUAAUGCCACAUCUCUGCCCGUUCUCUGUUAGCUCUCCUCUGUUCUCCCCCCCUCGCUGCAGUGAAUCAAUGGCACACCUGUUCUCCCAGCCUCCCACUCUCGUUGGUUCCUCCCUCGUGGGUACAAAAAAUAAUGAAUAGAUCUGUUUUACUCUUCUUCAUUUCAAUUGGUGGUGGUUAUAAUAAAGGAUUUAGACUGUG